ACCCAUACCCAACCCAUUAUCAAUGGGUCUACUUGGGUUUGGGUAUAAUUACCCAUGGGUGGGUAAUUUGCCAUCCCUAGGUAUGGGCACGGUUUGGAUUUUCUACCCAUUUCUUAUAUGGGUAUGGUAUGGGUAAAACCCGAACUACUUUGGAUAGGGUAAUAGAUAUGCAUUAAUCAUGGAAUACAAUAUCAUAACCAAACCGUCCAAACUAAUAUAACAACCAAAUUAACCAAACUAAUGUUUAAUCGGUUUGAUUAAUUGGUUAACCGUAUUAACCAAUAUAAAAUCACAUUAUCAUUAAGUGAGAAAUUAUUUGAUUAAUUUAUCAAUUUACAAUUUAUAUAAUGAAUAAAACAUAACAAUCAACACAUAGUUAUAGUAGACCCUUAACAUAAAUACAUGCAACUAAGACAAUUAUCUUACGGUUAGUAUAUAAGUAUUCACCUAACAAAAAUUUAUCACAAUGGUAUGGGUUAAUGAAUUGUUGUGUUUGUUUGAAUUGACUUAGUCUUUUAGCAAUUUUCAUAGGCUGAAAAGGACCUUGCUUUCAAGUUGUCAUCCAAUACAAUGUAUGAGAUUUAUUUAAAUUAGGCAUUCAUAUGUUGUGGUCUACACUCUACAUAUACAAAUAUACAUUAUAGGAACAAUAUCAAGCUUUAUAUUUUAUGAGUCUAAAAGGGAUGAAUGUUUAACUCAUGAGUGGUCAUUCAAAGUAUUAAGUAUGUGUAUAUAUGAGAUAUAUGACUAAUUAUUUAUCUGGUUAAUUUGGUUUGGCUGGUUAGGAGUGCAUGAAACCAAACUAAACCACCUAAACCAAACAAGCUAAAAACUUUAACAAAACCAAACCAAUUAUCCAAAUUAACCAAACCAAAUUAUCCAAAUAAUACUAGUUAAAACGGUUACCAUGGUAACCACACCGUUUGACACCCCUAGUUCUAGGGUGUCCAGGGCAAAAUCCGGGGUACAGAAGACCAGGGGCAAGGAAAAUUACAAAAAGCAUAACGAAGCGUUAAAGCUUUUUUCAUUGAACUUCAACCUAACUAUACCCGUUUAUUUUUAUCGAUUAAGAGGUUAAACCCUAUGGAUACGACCCACCGCCGCCCUAACUAAUUUCUAGUCUCCCUUCUACGAUCUCUCAUUCGUCUUGGAGGGGACGUCCCCUCUUAGUUCGAAGUUCGAUCAUAAGCUGCCUAUCGAAUAUGAAAUCUCCAACAAAAUCAUCGUUUCGAAACCCAAAUCCUUUUAUUAUUUGAUCCACAUUCGAUUUAGCUCCCUAUCCAAUCUCAAAUCCCCAACAUCAUCAUGUUUCAUACCCCAAAUCUAUGUAUCAACAUUCGAAGAGAAGAUCCCCAUCCAAUCUGAAAUCCUCACAUAAUCAUCCUUUUGAACCCCAAAUCCUUGUAUCCACAAAUUGACGUUUUGUUCUUCGCCUUCCGGCCAAAAUUUACUCACCUAUCUCUUUCUAACACGAUUACGACGACCAUGUCUAUUAUUGAUUGAUUGUAUUCAUCAAACUUUUCAUUUGCAAAAGAAUCCUUGAUAGAGGUUUGCUAACCCUAGGGUUCAUGUCGCUAGUGCUUUGUCAUCUUGUCUUAGCGUUAUUGUCAUUUGCAAAAUAACUUCUAUCACUCAGUGAAAUUAAGGUUUCCUGAUAUGUAGUGAUCGUCUCGCCCAGAGGAUUGAGGAAGAAGACGAAGAAGACAGAAUUUGAUUAGAAUCGGAUGGAGAGAUCGCCUUAAUUUGUGUUUAUGUAUAAACGGUACGUUUAGGACUAAUUCUAGUUGGACUGGGAUCCGUAUUAUUUAUGGGUCUAAUCAUUGAUUUUUGCAGGCUUUUAAAUAACAUUCAAAAGUGGGCUUGUACAUCAUCCAUGACACCUAGUUUGUUGAUAAUAGAUACUGAGUUCCGGAUUGUCAUUAGGUUGGGUCUUUGAUAAUUGUCUAUCCCAGUUUUCGGUUCUUUGUUUUACUUGAUUUUAUAUUUUAUUUACAUAUGAUUCUGCUUCUAAAAUCCUGAUCAUGCCUUGAGUUCAUGCAAUUUAAACAUAAUUAUGUGUUCCAUCUUUUUUUGGGAUUUGGUAAAUGGUAGCGUGUUUCUUUACACAUUUAUCGGUACGAGGUAAACAACAAUCCGCCCAAUUUAACUCUUCAUUAAUUGGCCUUAUUCCACUCUCUCACUGAUUGCCCCUCAUUAUGCAUUGUGAUAGACCGUUAGUUACACAUGUUUUCACCCCUGUUCUUACACCGUUGGAGAGGUGGUUUCUCGUGUUUUAGACCGAUUUCACGCUAGGUUGUGCUUGUUUGUGAUAUUUCAGGUCCUGGCAAGUGAAUGAAGUUUUUGGCGCCGUUGCCGGGGACGGCUAGGUUGUUGAAGAAAAGUGAUUUCUGUUAAUUUAGCUUUUCUUUUUGCUUUGUUUGCUUUGUCCCACUUGUGCCUUCACGGGUUUGCUUGCUUGAGUGUGUGCAGGUAGUGCAUGACGCGUAGCCAGUCGGGAGGUUUACUACCGUUGAAUCCAGAGAUUGACCGCACCUGUCGCCAACUCAGGAGACAGCACUCAGGAGACAGCAGCGAGCUAGACUGGCUACGGAAGAGCGCAUAGACGACCACUUGAAUAGCGAUUCUGAAGAAGAGUACGGGAUGGACGGAGACUACAAUCAGCACCAGGGGAAUCCUCAGCAGGCUCCCCCGGUGAAUCAGGUCCUGGGGAACAACCCCAUACCCCAGGAUCAUGGAGUUCAUCAUCCACCGCAGCCGGGUCCCACCUUGGAGUACUACUACACUCCGCGGAUUGCUGACAUCCGCCCGGUCAUCCUCUACCCGCCUAUCCCAGCAAACAACUUCGAGAUCAAGCCAUGCUGGAUUCAGCUCAUUACAUCUUCCAUCCAGUUCCAUGGCUUGAAGGAUGAGGAGGCCAGGGUACAUCUGUCCCAUUUUCUGCAGCUGACGAACGAGUUCAAGCUGAAUGGUGUCCCGGAUGAUGCAAUCCGCCUUCAUCUUUUCCCCCAUUCUCUGGCGGGGAAUGCUAAGAGGUGGUUGGAAACCCAGCCUCCAUUGUCCAUCACCUCUUGGGACGAUCUGGCUGACAAGUUCGUGCACAGGUACUAUCCGGCAUCGAAGACUACAGAGAUUCAGCGGGAGAUCGCUCACUUCCGCCAGAAGCCAGAUGAGUCACUUCGUGAUGCAUGGGAGCGGUACAUGGGAUACUUCUGGCAGUGUCCCCAUCAUGGCUUUAGCGAUGCUUUCACAGUGGGGAACUUCUACAGUGCUCUCUCUCCAGAUAGCCAGAGAGUGAUUGAGUCUCUAUGCCUAGGAGGGGAUGUUCUCACUAAGACUCCACCCGAGCUGAACCAGAUGAUUAAUACAUUGGCUGCCAGAGAUCAUUCCUGGGGGCAGAGCAGUAGAGGCAGACAUUCCAGGGACCGUGGUGUGCACGCCAUGGAGACCAGAUCCGGGCUCGAGCAGCAGGUAGCUGAGCUAGUGCAGACAUUGAAGCAGCCCAACAGUCUUAUUCCGGGCAGAGGUUUGGCUACACCUCCAGUUGCUCAGUGUCAGUGGUGUGAGAGCACCAAUCACCUAGUGGAGGACUGCCAGGCUAUGAGGGAGUCUACCACACCCCAGGAGCAGUUGGCCUUCAUCGCCAAUGCGCGGCGCCUCGAUCCCUACAGUAGCACAUAUAAUGAGGGGUGGCGCCAGCAUCCCAACUUCGCCUGGAGCAGCAACACCACUAAACCACCUGGUUUCCCAGCACCAGCAGGUGGUUUUCAGCAGAGGCAGCCCUUCCAGGCUCGCCAGGGGCCAGACCCACAGCAGCAGCCCUACCAGCCUAGGCAGGGGCAGCCAUUCCAGCAGCCCCAACACCAGUUUGCUGAGCCAGCAGCAGCUCCAACUCCAGAUGACAGGAUGACGAAGCUGGAAAACAUUCUAGCUUCAUUCAUGACGAGCACUCAGGCGACUAUCACGAGGUUGGACCAGAGUGUAGCCUCACUGGAGGCAGGUCAGAGGAACCAGGGUGCCAUUUUGCAGGAUUUGCAGACCCAGGUGGGCAUCUUGGCCCGCCAGAGCACCACCAGGGCACCGGGGACUUUGACUGCCACCACUGUCCCGAAUCCUCGAGAUCCUCACCAGCAUCAGCAGUUGGAUGCCAUUUUUACUAGGAGCGGUAAGACCAUAUCUGCUGAUCCUGUCCCAGCCAGACAGGAGGAACCACGACCUGCUUCAGCACUUUCAGCCGACGAUGCAGAAGUGCGGGGGGAGAAGGAAGCCCCUGCUCCCAAGCCACAACCAGUGGUUAAGGAGCAUGUGCCCCAGCUUCCCUUCCCCACUCGCCUACACAAAGACAAGCUGGAGACUGAGUUUGCCAAGUUCAUGGCAAUGUUGAAGCAGCUCAACAUCAGCAUACCGUUCAUGGAGGCACUGUCGAAGAUGCCCAAGUAUGCCAAGUUCAUGAAGGAUCUCUGCACCAACAAGAAGAAACUUGGGGAUCUUUCGACAGUGUUGCUGAGCGAGGAGUGUUCUGCUAUCCUGCAGAACAAGCUGCCCGAGAAGCGCAAGGAUCCAGGGAGUUUUACUAUCCCUCUUACUAUUGGCAGCAUGCAUGUAGGAAAGUCCUUGGCGGACCUAGGCGCUAGCAUUAACGUCAUGCCAUAUAAGUUGUAUAAAAUGCUAGACCUAGGUGAACUUAGCCCUACUAGGAUGAGCAUUCAAUUAGCUGAUCGUUCUAUUGUGCAUCCUAGGGGAAUCAUAGAGGAUCUGCUUGUUGGUGUUGGUGCAUUCACAUAUCCUGUUGAUUUUGUUAUUCUUGAUAUACAUGAGGAUGUGGAUGUGCCUUUGAUUCUAGGUAGGCCUUUUCUUGCCACCGCCAAGGCACUUAUUGAUGUGCAUGAUGGUAAACUGAUCCUGCGUGCUGGGAAUGAACAGGCUACUUUUUCUGUGACUGAGUUUGAUCACUGUGCUAUGAUUGCUGUCACGCCUGUGCAUGCUAUGUCUGAUCAGGUACACGAGUCUGUCGUGUACCCUUCUGCACCUCCUAUUUUGCAGGACCCUCCUAUCAUUCCUUCGCCGCCACUCCAUCCAGCCUCGCCUCCGAACAAAAAGCUCAAGGAGGAGUGGCGGCCGAAGCAGCAGGUUGCUAAGCCUGCACGGAAGAAGAGUGGAGACCACUAUGAGCUGGUUCCACCUCCUGCACCACGACCACCCUGGCCGUCUGGGUACUCGCUCUCCUGCAUCUUGCCAGAUGGGCAGGUCGAGCUGACUGAUGAGGGUGGUCGCAUUCGUCGGGUGCAUGGCCACAACCUCAAGCUGUACCUCAAGAGCGAUGUGGAUCCGCUCUUGGAGGCACCUGUUCCUGCACCGCCCUGAGUAUCCACCAUGGGCGUCCAGCUAAUACGACGGUAAAGAAGCGCUUGUGGGGAGGCAACCCCACCACGGUUUUAUUUUCUUUCUUGUGUUUUGAGUCGGAUUGUAACCCGUUUUGGGUUUGGUUUGUUUUCUUUUGGUUUGGAUGAUAUUUUAUUGGGCUGACCAUUGAACCUAACAUAUUGUGUUUGAGCUCUUCUGUGCCCCUUUGGCUGUGCUUGCCCCGACUGGCCCGUUUCCAGUCCCCUGCAGUCCGUGCAUACCGGUAACAUCGUUCCCCUUUUCCUUCCCUCUUCUCCAUUGAGGGCAAUGUCGAUCUUAAGUGUGGGGGGAUGUUUAUCUUUUGACUGCAUUAGAUCUGUUUGUGUGCUUGGAGCCUAGUCCACUGUCCAAAUUUUUAAAUUUGAGGGCUCCAAGUACGUGUUCCUUGCAAUUGCCUGCUCAGUAUGCUUUGAAUUGACAGUCUUUAUAGUAAUAUGCAACCUAGGGAGGUAGUGUAGCACUAUGGAGGAUGUUGAUGCAUUUAAGAAGUCUCAUUUCUUCUUCAUAUUGAGUUGGUUGAUUGAGUGAAUUAGUGAUCUUAGGACCCUUGAAUUGUGUGGUGUUGUGGAUUCUCUGCCUGUCAUGGACUCUUGUGUCAUGUUUUGAAAAUAACAGGUGCUCGAAAAUGUGCUUCAAAAUAAACGUCUCCCGUGCGAAUAGGGCGAAAGUGUGUAAGGGGAGACGGGAAUCCGUUCCCAAUUUCCACCUACUACCUCCAGCCCCCUUACAUGUCUUUCCCCCGCACGAGGCUUGAGACAUCCGCUCCUGGCAUGGCCGGUAAGAGCGGGUUGGGACCCUUGAAAAGAAAAGAAAAGAAAAUAACAGAAAACAAGCAAAACAGAAAGAAAAGGGGUUCCAACCAUCCUUAAGCAGAAAAUAGAGCACCUUGAAAAAUGUGAGUCCAUGAUCUGUUGUUUUUGAGAAUCUCUUCAUCCACAAUUCAUUUGUCCUCUGUUCACUAUUUGCCAUGAUGCCGACUCGCCGAAGAAGUUAUGAGAUGACUUGUGCGUCGAUUGACCUCGUAAGUUGCUAAUUGACCUAGGAAGUCCUCUACCUACGAUCUGGGUUGUUUGUUGCUAUAGAGGUCUAGAGAGUUGCAUUGGUUUGAGUUAGGUUUGCUUGGGGACAAGCAAACGGUUAAGUGUGGGGGAGUUUGAUAGACCGUUAGUUACACAUGUUUUCACCCCUGUUCUUACACCGUUGGAGAGGUGGUUUCUCGUGUUUUAGACCGAUUUCACGCUAGGUUGUGCUUGUUUAUGAUAUUUCAGGUCCUGGCAAGUGAAUGAAGGUUUAGGAGCGAGUUCGGGGUCGAUUGGGUGAAGAUCGGGCGCGAGACAAGUCACAAAGGAGGUCACACGGGCUGCCCUGAUGUUCACACGGUCGUGUAAAGUAAUGGCCGGGCCGUGCCACAUUCUGCGAGAGCAAACACGGGCAAGAGGGGAUGUCCACACGGCCGUGCCAUUCUGGCCGUGCAAAGAGCCUGGAAUUCGAACUAAAUGAAACGAUGCGUUUUGA